CCAUCUUGUGGAGUUAAAACGGUACAACAACCACGGCUGUAAAUGCCUUCUCUCAUUAUGCGAACAUCAAGUCUGAUGAGGUUGACAGUAGCUAAACUUUGAAAUUACAUUCUUAGCAGAAGUGUGGCUUUUGUAUGUGUGGUUUACUUCCAAAGCUGAACGAGUCCAGUAAUGCAGAAAGAAUUACCUAUGCAUUGGCAGUUUGAGCCACACACACACACACAGCCAGCAGAGGGCGCCGUGCAGACAGGUCAGCUUUGACUUUCUAUACAGAUGCUAUUUUGUUUCAGCCUGGCCAGAGGAGUAGAAGACCUAAAUGAGCCACCCACUCGCCGAGCUCCGUGGAAAUGUGCUCGCUUUGGUGGUGACUGAACGUCCUCUGCACGCAACUCGGUGACCGUCAUCCCUCAGGAGCGGGUCUGAGCGAGCCACUUCACCUCCAGCGGCUAAAUGUCAAACCUCUGGGCAAAGUGAGAGCGCCACUCUGCGCCACACGGCGAUGAUGGGUGGACCGAGCGCAGCGGAGCGAUAAGGGCGCAUUUCUUGAUUUCCCUUCAGCGUCGCGUAUCCCCACUUCCCCUCGUCCUUCUAUCCAGCCCUGGACACACGACGUGACCCAGUGACGGCCGUGUUUCCCCCCCACCCCCGUUCACACACGUGGAUUGAUCCAAUGCAUUAUUUACGAGCGAAACUUCAGCAACUUGUCCACUGGAUAUGGCUCCCGGUGUGAGGAGUGAUGGGCGGGCGGGUCAUCCCGAAGUACCGGGAGCCUGCGGGGCAGACGCCUAUGAUGGAUGCUCACCGCGCAGGAGGGAAGCCGGAGGAGACAGGGGGAGGAGGUGUUUGAGGAGCGGUUUGCGAGCCGGAGCAGCGGGGAUGCUCGCACACUGCCUGCUGUCUUUGGCUCUGCUGUCACUCCUUGUCCGGCGCGCUGUGGCCGCAGAGGAAAAAUCCACCUAUGAUGCCUCUGGCUCCCCACCGAGGAGCUCCGCAUUCACAAGUCCUCAUGUCCAACCAGUGGCUGAGGUGUCAGCGACGGGGGAGGUGCCUUUCCAAGUGGUCCACUCGGACAGCAACGCGGACGGAGAGGGUGAAGGUUUAUCGGGACAGCCGGCUUUUUCCUCCAUCCUAACUGUGAUGGCAGGAACCGUCAGACAUCCAGUGAGCCUUGAUCAAAGUAGAACCUUGCCAACUAUCAGCAAGGAUGAUACACUCACCACCCAAUGGCCUUCACAUAAUUCCAGCCAAGAUUCAGACACGUCCUCCUCAUCAUCGCCAGUCGGAGACGGCUUCAGAGCGCGCCCAGAGCCAGAGAUGGAUGAUCUUACAGCUGGAACAUCUAAAUCAGUUGUGUCCACUUUCCCCAAAGAAAAUGAGGUUAGUCUAAGCUCUUCUCAGUCAGACAGGGUGAUCCUCUCUGCUGGGCCCAUCGAGAACACAUCUCAGGUAUCACUGGUGACCCCGCAACACGAUACCCCGACAGCCCCCGUGAAGCUCACCGCAACAACCGCGUCGCCGCCUAGGAAAACGCCCACCGCCACCACCAUCACUACCACCACGCCUUCUGCGAAAGCAACGACGCCGUCGACCACCACGACCACUCUGCAGCCCAAACCCGUCACCAGAAGAACCACCACAACCAUCAGGACUUAUACCAGCAGAAGAACGUUCACGUCACCCAACCAAAGAGCGAACCCCCCGAGGGGGGUCACCGCCGUCUUCGUCUCGCCUUUCACCACGACCACAGAGGCUCCACAGCCACAGUGCAACAUAACUGAGAGGUUAUGGGUGAAAACAGUUGUUUCAAUCUACGUAAGACGGAACAGGCUGGAUAGCAUUCAGAGGCAGAACUUGCGAAGGGGACUGAGUCAAGGCCUCAGAAAAGCUUUGAAUGACACAUCAGCCCAAGCACAGGUGGAGACGGUGUUUGGCUCUCCCAACAUGACGGUGGCUUAUCACGUGACAGGAGGGGAGACAGUUUACCCUCCCUCUGUAGUAGCAGAGGGUUUGAUGUCCUACGGCCGUGACAAGCUGAUUGCAGACCUGCGACAGUACCUCCCCAUGGUGACAGCCCUGCCUCUUCCUGUUGCUUUGUGGAGAUCCAGCCCCGCCACUGGCUUCCAGCUUAAAACAGUGUUGCAGUUUGUGGGGGCAGGUGAUGACCCCCGAUCCUGUCGCUUCUUGCAAAUGAUGGAACAGAGACUUGAGAAGGUCUUUUCUGAGGCGCAGGCCAAAGUUCUCAACGCUAAAAGCCGACUGGCAGUUCAGAUUCUGAGUGUUUCUCAGACACCAGGCUCUCCUGCUGUGUCUUUAGUCUACACUGUAAAGAACGGGACUGUAUUUCUCAACGGAACAGUUGCCUCCAACCUUCUUGGUCAGUUUUCUGCUGAGCUGGUGGGCUACUUCCUCUUCUAUCCUCCUCUUAUUAUUGCUGAGCCACUUGAAUACCACAAUCUGAACACGUCUGUUGAAACCAGAGACUUCUGGGUAGUCACAGUGAUCCAGGAUGUCGAUAAUGCCAGCCUGGAGGGACAGUACCAAAGCUUUGCCAGUCUAAUGGAGCAGCGGUUGGCGGACCUGUUUGUGUUGGCGGGGCAACAGGGCACUCGUUUUAGACGAGCCACGACUGUGGGCAGCUUCACCGUCCAGAUGGUGAGCAUCCGCAGAGUGUCCGGGCUAAAGAAUCCAGCAGAGAUGACCUACUACGUCCAGCAUAAUGGCAUCCCUCUGUCUGGCACGUCAGCUGCCAAGGUCCUGAACACAGUGGACUCUCAGACCAUGGCGCUCACCCUGGGCUACUUUGUCCAGGUGCAAGCAGAACCUGUGGUCAAGAACCCUCCAAAUAACCUCUGGAUUAUUGCUGCAGUUUUGGCCCCGAUCUCAGUGGUAACACUCAUCAUUAUCAUCAUCACAGCUGUGCUGUGCAAAAAGAACAAGAACGACUUUAAAGCUGACGCCAUUGGUAACCUCAAUCCCAGAGCCAAGAUGGCGUAUCGGAGGGAUGUGAGCUAUUAUCACCAGCCAGUCCAGGGAUUUGACUAUGCCAAGCAGCACCUGGGCCAGCAGGGAGGAGAUGAGGAGACGCUGCCUGUCAGUCAGGACACUUUAGUGAUGUCCCUACAAAUCCGGGACACAUCACUGUCGCUAGAAAAGGCACUGCAACAAGACGGGACAGCCAACAAAAAAAGUCACACUGCUGACAAACACAAAAGCAAGUUGCCAAGUGAAGACGGUUCCGUCAUCAGCGACGAAUCAGAGAAGCUGAAUUCUAAGAGGGGCCUGACGGUGCCGAAAGUCACAGCGCAGCAGAAAUCGACAAAGGAGGAGGCCCGCAGGAGGGACGAUCCAUACGACACAUCUUCUGGCUCCCUGCAGCUCAUUUCCAUAAAGCCUGUAACUGCACAGACAAAUUGCUCCCACCCUGCAUCCUCCGACCGCAGCCAGGACUCGGCCAUCAUCAACGGAGAGGUCAACUUGGCGUUGAAGCAGAAAUCAGACAUUGAGCACUACAGAAACAAGCUGAGGCUAAAAGCUAAGAAGAAAGGCUAUUACGAUUUCCCGUCCACCAACGGCAGCAGCAGCGGCGGAGGUCGAGCCCUGGUGCAUAAACAACGGAGCGACUAUGAGAGGGAAGUCGGUGAGCAUGGCAGACCUCUGGAGCCGGACGACGAACGAGGGUCCACAUUCGUCAAGUCUCACAGAAGGCAUUCCCAGGUCGGACAGAUGGCCUAUCGCAGCAGACAAAGCCUAAGCAGUCCAAGUCCCGGAGGAACUGAGAUGGACCUCCUUGUAAUGAGAGAGAGGCCCAGAAGAGGCAUCCGCAACAGCGGCUACGAUACUGAGCCGGAGCUAAUCGAGGAGACAAACGUUGAUCACCUCCUGGGGCCACGUAGGUACAUGUACGGCCGUGGCCUUAAAGGCCACUCAGAGACGUCCACUCUGAGCUCACAGCCGUCCAUCGACGAGGUGCGACAGCAGAUGCACCUGCUGCUGGAGGAGGCGUUCAGCCUGGCUUCUGGGGGCCAGUCCACAUCUGGAAGGCACGGCCACCACCAGCAGCCCCCUCCGGACCAAUACAGCCCUGCGCGUCCUCUCCCGUACGCAGACGUGGUCAGCAGCGUUCCGGGCACCAUGAGCUCGGGGCGGGGCGGACUCCACUGGGUGCCAUCUUACGGAGCAGAUAUUUAUCAGUGCAGCCUGCCUAAACCUGCCUUUCGCUUCACCCAGCUUCCUGAGAUGGCCGUGGGUUCUCCGCCUCCGCUACCGCCUCGCACUGGACCCCCUCACAGAACCUCCUUAAGACGUUCCACCUCGGACUUGGGCCCCAAAGGAAGGAGCUCGGAAAUAUCUGUCGCUGAAAUGCGGAGUCAACGUGAGAAAAACCCAUACGGGCCGUUCACACGCGCAGCACUUCCAUCUAUCGCUGCGGAACAGCCUGUCCCAAACUACUCAGGAAACCCUAUUACUGCUGUCUACGCCAUCCCCGCUGCAAAGCCAGGGUACUCAGAGUAUUUUGUCCCCACGUCCCCUACGUCCUACCACAGUCCCUCUUGGAUGUCCUAUCCACCAGAACCUGAGGAUGUCCAUCCGCAGUGGACAGACUCUGGACCCUUACCUGGGUAUGCUGAAGCUUUUCCUAAUCCUCGAUACCCACAGGGGAGUCCCACCAGGCUACCCCUGCAGUACAGCCAGACACUGGAGCAGCCGCCCACUGCCCCUCGCACAGUAUCUGAGCAAAGCCUCCCCCAGGUGCUGAAGGACAUGGACAGCAUGCCUCUGAGCAGCCUCUCCACCUCUGCACUUGUGCAGGCUAUAAGACAGGAGGUGGCCAAGCUAGCGAAGAAACAGAAUGACAUUUUUGAGUUUUAACAUACAGACGUGUUUGGGUCUUCGCACAGAAGGUGAUGCUUCUUCAGCUCCGUUUUUAACAUUUGUACUCUCCGACAGACUGAUCUUUAAUCGCUGAUUAUCCACCUCUUUUUGCACACAACCGGUGUACGUCAGCUCGUCAGUUAAGGAAACUUCAAAAGAUUUGUUUAAGUUUAGAAAAUGACGAUUCCGUUUUCUGUCAAUGAUGUCCCAGGUAAUUAUGCACAUAUCUAUGUAGAUAUAUCAGUAGGAUAAAACUAAAGGUCAAACACAUUUUUUUUUUUUCUGGACCAGAUUAGGAUCUUAGUGGGACUUAUAAGAGAAAAUCCAUUAAUGUAAUCAUCUGUACUGAGAGGACCAAAUUCUUCCUGUCAGAUGGGUAAGUAUAACUCACAGUGUAUAUGAGCAUGUACAGUUUAAGGACAUUGUGCAUCUUAACCAAGCCUGUUAUUAAGCAUCAGCUUAAACGAGAUGGGCAAGAUCGGGAUCAACUCUUUCAGACAUUAAUCUCAGAAUGAAAAACACAUUCAUUUUUAACUUUACUCUCUGUAGUUUCUUUACAUGUCUGAGGGAAAAUAGCAUAUCAGCAACACAAACCGCAACCUUCCUUGAUAAUCCGAUGGUUCUGUUUUCAAGGUUUGGUAACUGGGAAUGAACAAAUGGACAAAAUACAAUUUAAAUCUUCUUCUUCUGCUUUAAAUCUUAUUUUAAAAUCAGUCCAACUGGAUUUAUUUGGGUUUACACGUGAUGAUGUAAGGUCCAGAUGAGAUAUUUGAUUACCAAACUGGGUUUAUUGGUGAAUUAAGGUAUUUUCAAAGGAUGCAGGCUUGGGGAAUACUCUGAAUACAGAUUGCAAUAUAUGUAACUCUUUAUUAGAGUUUAAAUGUUUGAAUACUUC